AUGGAAGCUUACAUAAACGGCCUGCAGAAACCACCAGGCAAACCUUUGGUAUUGAUUAGAAGUGAGCUGUAUUUCACAGGAAUUUCAUUUGAGAAGAUGGUGACAAUACCAAGUAUACAGCACAGCAGUGAGGAGGAAUUAGUAGCAUUAGAGGCACCUUUUUGGGCAUACAUCCUGGGUGCAUUAGGACUUUUUAUCUACCAGUCUCUGGAUGCCAUUGACGGGAAGCAAGCCAGAAGAACAAACAGUAGCUCUCCCCUGGGAGAGCUCUUUGAUCAUGGCUGUGACUCUAUUUCCACAGUUUUUGUUGUCCUGGGAUCCUGCAUAGCAAUCCGACUAGGAACAAAUCCUGACUGGUUGUUUUUCUGUUGUUUUGUGGGACUGUUCAUGUUCUAUUCUGCUCAUUGGCAGACAUAUGUAUCAGGCAUGUUAAGGUUUGGAAAACUUGAUGUAACUGAGGUUCAACUAGCCAUAACAAUGCUGCUUUUAAUAUCUGCCUGUGGAGGACCAGCAGUAUGGGACUGUAAGGUCCCUUUGAUAGGAGUAGAUCUGAAGUUCUUGGUGGUUUUUGGAAUACUGUCUGGAACAGCACUUUCUUGUUUCAAUUACUUCCGUGUCAUUUUUGGUGGUGGAGUUGGAAAAAAUGGAUCUACAAUAGCAGGAACAAGUGUUCUUUCACCAGGCCUGAAUAUUGGACUACUUAUUACACUGGCUAUUAUGAUCUACAAAAAAUCUACAACACAGCUGUUUGAAAAACAUCCUUGCCUGUAUGUUUUGACAUUUGGAUUUGUGAAUGCUAAAAUCUCACAAAAGUUAGUGGUGGCUCACAUGACAAAAAGUGAAAUCUCUCUUCAAGACACUGCAUUUAUUGGGCCAGGGCUUCUGUUUUUGGACCAGUACUUCAACAGUUUUGUUGAUGAAUAUAUUGUUCUGUGGAUGGCAUUGUUCAUAUCCUUGUUUGAUAUGCUGAGAUAUGCCACUGGUGUAUGCCUACAGAUUGCUGCUCAUCUUCAUAUACAUGUCUUCAGAAUUUCAUCUCAUCAAGCUCCUGAACAGGUUCAAAACCAUAAUGACUGAUUAAAUAGAUCAAGGAGAAGAGGAGAAGCAGUUAGGGGAAUGCUAAAUGAAGCAGCCUCUCUUUUUGGGAAGACAGAUUAAGCUUUUCAAAAAAACAGUCUGUGAGAGAGCUUGCUGUCUUAGGUUAUUACCAGGUGUGAUAAUUACUAAAUG